UAGCUACUUUCCUUACUGAGGAUUAGGCAACAGUGAGAGAAGACGGGAAACCAACGACGAAACGGUUGUAGCCUACAUUUUGCCUACAGACAAUGGGCAGCCAGGUAUCUGUAGACAAUGUUCAUGUUGUGGUGGUUGGCGGGGGUUUCGGUGGCACCGCCGCCGCACAACAGCUCAAAUCCAGGGGGAUACCAUUCACCCUCAUUGACCUCCGUGACGCCUUUCAUCACAAUGUGGCUGCCCUCCGUGCCUCUGUUCAGAGUGGCUUUGCCCAGCAGACCUUCAUCCCAUAUUUUAAGACAUUUGGAGAGAAUUUCCUUCAGGGGCGAGUCGUACGGGUGGACCCAGUGUCACAGACUGUAGCGUUGGAUGGAGGAAAGGAAGUUCAUUACUCACACCUUAUACUGUGCACUGGCACAGACGGCCCUUUCCCGGGGAAGUACAACAUGGUGGCCUCCUAUCAGACAGCCAUCCAGAAGUAUGAGGACAUUGUGAAGGAGGUCCAGGCCGCAGGUUCGGUUCUUGUGGUAGGUGGUGGAUCCACAGGUGUAGAGAUGGCUGCAGAGAUCAAAACAGAAUAUCCAGACAAGAAGGUGAUCCUGAUCCAUUCCCAUGUUGGCCUAGCCGACCCAGAGCUGCUGCCCAGUGUCAGACAACAGGCUAAGGAGGUGCUGCUGGAGAAAGGGGUGGAGCUGCUACUGGGGCAGAAAGUUUCUAACCUGUCUGUACUGGAGCUCAAUGUGACCAACAAGAACAUGGUUAUCAUGACAGACAAGGAUACAGAGAUCACUGCAGACCUCGUCAUCUGCUGCACAGGCAUGAAGAUUAACUCUGAUGCCUAUAGCUCCACCCUGAAUGGAUGCCUAGCAGAGAAUGGGUCCCUGAAAGUGAAUGUGCACCUGCAGGUGGAGGGCUAUGACAAUGUGUACGCUGUUGGGGACUGUGCUAAUGUUAACGAGCCUAAGAUGGCGUAUCAUGCAGGUCUCCACGCUGGGGUUGCUGUUACCAACAUCACCAACAGUCUGAUGGGGAAACCCCUGGAAUCUUAUCACCCAGGGAGUGUGACCAUGUUGUUAGCCAUGGGCCAUAAUGAUGGAGUGGGCCAGUUCAAUGGGCUGAGGCUUCCCCGUUGCCUUGUAACCCAGGGCAAGAGCAAGAACCUACUGCUGUGGAAAAGCUGGAAGGAAAUGGGUCAGAAAGCUCCUUAACGUGUGCCAUACAGAACAUUGUGGAGCGAAGACAUGAGUGUGCCGGCACAGCCUUGACAGAGUGCCUUACUCAGGUGACAGCUUGCAGAAGUUUUGGCGUUCUGACAUGACUAUUGAUAUGAGACCAUAUAUUUGUAAAAUAUUUCUACGCAAGGUGAUGCAAACUUUGUACAAUGUCCAUUUUUGCCAAUGAAUGUUAACGUAUGCCUUAAUAAAAAAUAAAUCUGAAUUUUAUGGUUAAA